CGUGAUUUGUAUCUCGUGCAAACGCUGCGAGUGUUGUUGGUCCCGACGUGUUCACCCCCGCUUUAAUAGAUGACUUUCUUCCUUAUUUUUUUUAAAGAAAUAUAUUUAUAUUUUUAACUAUAGCGUACGGAAAAGAACCAACCCGCUGUGAAAAAGGGGCAUUUUUUUAUAAGUAAUGUCGAAUCCCGGAGCUCGACGGAACGGGUCAAGCAUUAAAAUCCGCCUGACAGUGUUGUGCGCAAAAAGUCUGGCCAAGAAGGAUUUUUUCAGAUUACCUGACCCCUUUGCCAAAAUUAUCGUGGAUGGCUCCGGGCAAUGUCACUCAACAGAUACAGUGAAAAACACGCUUGAUCCAAAAUGGAACCAACACUAUGACUUGUACAUUGGAAAAGCAGACUCAAUUACGAUAAGCAUAUGGAAUCACAAGAAAAUACAUAAAAAACAGGGAGCUGGCUUCCUGGGUUGUGUUCGGCUGCUAUCAAAUGCCAUCAGUAGACUAAAGGAUACUGGCUAUCAGCGGUUGGAUCUAUGCAAACUCAAUCCCACAGACAGUGAUACCAUAAGAGGACAAAUAGUUGUAAGUUUACAAACUCGAGAUCGAAUGGGAACAGGUGGUCCUGUUGUCGAUUGCCGAGGGAUAUUGGAUAAUGAUCUUCCAGAAGGGCCACUUUUUGAGGAUUCUGGACCAGGAAGGCCACUAAGCUGUAUAAUGGAAGACACUGUACCAUUUACAGACAUGACUGGUGCUGCAGGUGGAGGAACCUGCCAAUUGAUAGAGACUCAAAACCAGGAUCAGAGACUACAAACACAGCGAAUCCGAAAUUUUGGUGUUCGAGUUCAAAUGAACACGCCACAGAGCCGGCCUCAUAGCCAUCAAUCUCCUGUACUACCAGAGGGAUAUGAGCAGCGAACAACGGUACAGGGACAAAUUUAUUUUCUGCACACUCAGACUGGAGUCAGCACUUGGCAUGAUCCUCGAAUACCAAGAGAUUUAACAAAUUUUAACUAUGAUGAGCUUGGUCCUUUGCCUUCAGGGUGGGAAGUCAGAAGUACAGUGUCAGGAAGAAUAUAUUUUGUAGAUCACAACAAUCGAACUACACAGUUUACAGACCCCAGACUACAUCAUAUAAUGAGGAACAAGCAAAUGAUGAGGUUGUUGUUCAGUUCCACAAACAUUUCUUCCAGGGCCUAUGAUCCAUUACACAGCAAUCCGACUCAGCUGAAGGAAUCCAAUCAGACAUUGCCAGUGCCAGCUGAGGUACCAGUGGAAGAAGGAGAAGGUGAAUGGUCUGUCCCACGAUGUGAACGAGAUCUUGUACAGAAGUUGAAAGUCUUAAGGCAUGAGCUUGCUUUGCAGCAACCACAAGCAGGGCACUGCCGUAUUGAAGUUUCUCGGGAUGAAAUCUUCGAGGAAUCAUACCGACAGGUGAUGAAAAUGAGACCAAAGGACCUGAAGAAGCGUUUAAUGGUAAAAUUUAGAAGUGAGGAAGGCUUGGACUAUGGUGGAGUAGCCAGGGAGUGGUUGUAUUUGCUCUGUCAUGAAAUGUUGAAUCCUUAUUAUGGGUUGUUUCAAUAUUCAACUGAUAAUAUCUACACACUACAGAUCAAUCCAGAUUCUGCUGUCAACCCUGAGCACUUGUCCUACUUCCAUUUUGUGGGUCGGAUAAUGGGACUGGCUGUAUUUCAUGGACACUACAUUAAUGGUGGUUUCACAUUGCCAUUCUACAAGCAGCUGUUAGGAAAGCCUAUCCAGUUAUCAGACUUGGAAACUGUGGACCCAGAAUUGCACAAGAGCCUGGUUUGGAUCCUUGAAAAUGAUAUUACGCCUGUCCUUGAUCAUACAUUUUGUGUUGAACAUAACUGUUUUGGUCGGAUUAUUCAACAAGAGCUGAAACCAAAUGGCAGAAAUGUUCCCGUAACAGAAGAGAAUAAGCGAGAAUAUGUGAGGCUUUAUGUGAACUGGAGAUUUAUGAGAGGAAUUGAGGCGCAGUUUCUGGCUCUACAGAAGGGAUUUAAUGAGCUUAUUCCACAACAUCUUCUUAAACCUUUUGAUCAAAAAGAAAUUGAGCUUAUUAUUGGUGGGUUGGGGAAGAUUGACAUAAAGGACUGGAAAGCUAACACACGUCUAAAGCAUUGUACAUCUGACAGCAACAUUGUGAAAUGGUUCUGGCAAACAGUGGAGAUGUUUGAUGAGGAAAGAAGAGCUCGACUACUUCAGUUUGUAACCGGUUCUUCCAGGGUACCUCUGCAGGGAUUCAAGGCAUUACAAGGCUCUACAGGUGCUGCAGGUCCAAGACUUUUUACCAUCCAUUUGAUUGAUGCCAACACAGAAAACCUUCCCAAAGCACAUACAUGUUUUAAUCGUAUAGACAUCCCUCCUUAUGAGUCUUAUGAAAAGCUUUAUGAGAAAUUGUUGACAGCGGUUGAAGAGACGUGUGGCUUUGCAGUUGAGUGAAAUAUGUGAGUGCUUUUGAAGUUGAUAGGAACACUACAGAAAUGAAGUUCUGCAAGCAUCAUGAUGAGCAACGCACUAUGUAACAGAGAACUAACAAUUUACUCACAUGGUUGCUAUAACUUGCAAAUGAUAUAAUGGCGCUGAUCACUCAAAAACAGAAAGGCAGUAAGAUUUCUUGAAAGAGGAUACUAGGAAGCUCGCAAAUGAAGAAGAAACUGAAUCUGUUUAACAGAAAAAUGGACCUGUUUCAGUUGUAUCUUACAUUUUUAAGUUGUAUGCUUGAAACUUUAUUUCAAAAACUUUGCACAGUAAACAAAGACAGAUCCUUGCACAUUUCAUUUCUUUCCUUAUUCCUUUAACCAAUUACCCAACCAUUAGUCUCAAAAGUGUGGUCCAAGAGAAAUUUUUCAUUCUUCCAAAAUCUGAAACUGAUAUUUAAAAAUACUGGAUGAUAAACUAGAAAUAGUUCUUUUUCUAGCUUGUGUAUUUUUUUUAUUAACUCUCAUCACAGACAGUAACUAUACGGUGUGUUUUAAUCAAAUCAGAUUAUUUUUAUCUAUAUUUUGUUAAAAGAAUUGUAUUCCUCCAUAAUGAAUUACUGUUUUUAGGAAUAUUUACUAAUGUAUUUACAAAGAAAACCUGAACAUCUGUUCUAAUGUGAUGAACCCUUUAAUACUGCAAUUAUGUUUUGGCUCCAAAAUUAAAAUUGUUGUCAUGUUGGAAUGUUUGUUUUACAAAUAGCUUGAGGUAAGGUAUCCUCUGUUAUUCUUUGAAUUCAAUUUCAUAAUGUGCAUAAAAUACCAACUUUUACAAAAUUAAUUUAAAAUGAGAGCUGAAUUUAUGAAACCUGAAAAUAACUUUCAUUACUCAAAGGAUUGAUGCAGUAAUGUUCAGAAAAGUCCAGCAUUGAAACAGCUAACAAAGGAAAAUUGACGAAUUGCAUUUGUAGCACAGUUGAUUGAUUCCCAGAUUUAUUUAUUUAUUUUUUGUUUUUCAUCUGGUUAGUCUUUAAAUUUUCUUGUAAUUCUUCUGGUGCCUCACUAUUUUGUCCUUGGCUCUGAAUUUACAAUAGCAGACAUUCAUGAAAGAUUAACUGUGAUGACAGCUUACUAACAAGAAUUUACCAAUAGUUUAAGCAGAUAAAUGAACAAAUGUAAGUGUUGAGGUUUUGCUAUCACAACAAUGUAUCCAUAUUUUAACAGUUUUCAAAGUUUUAUCAUUUGUUCCUGGAUGUUGAAUUAAAGUUAUUUUUAAUUAAUAUUGUGAACCCUUUUGGAAAUCUGAAUAAGAAAGAAAUGGCAUUAUUUAGACUGUUUUACUGCCUUAAACUUUAAAAAACUCUGGAACCUUAAACGGAAGCAAUGUAUAAAUUGGGAACAUUCAUUGCUUCUAUAACCCUUAGAAGUCAUUUUGAAGAGCCAGUAUUCCUAUUGUUUCAUUUGAUGUUCUCAAAUUGUGUCCAGUAGAUUUCAGACUAACGUGUGAUCUUAAAACAAAAUAGUGAUAAGAAAAAUACUGUAAACACUCAUGACUGUAAACUUUUUAGGUGUUUGGUAACUCUGACCCAAUAUCCUAUCUGUUUUAAUUCCAGUAGUAUACUGUAUAGUUACAGUUUUGAGCAACAUCAAAUUUAUAUAUUUCUAUGUGCCCUUUGACCUCUCCUGAAAAUGUUACACAUUUGCUCUGAAGAUUCGUUUUGAAUAAGCAGAAUUUUGGUUUGCUUUAUGAUUUAGAUGUAAGCAAAAUUUCUGCAUUUUCCAACAUUCAAUCUUUAAUUCAGUGAGACUGAUGAGUUGAAUAAGUGUGGCAUAAAUUCAGCUAGACUUAAAAAUCAUAUUACCCUUAUUAAUUUUACACAGUGAAGAACUAACUGGAAUCAUUAAUCAAAGCAGCAUUGAAAUCAAUAUCCUUGUCUGAAAUAUUGGCUUUGUUUUCUGUAUUUUUGGAGCAAAACUCAGGUACUAAAGUUAGACAAACUGUAUGGGGAAAAAAAUUAGCACACUUACAUUUAGUAGCCUGGAAUGAGGAUUUUAUUUCCACUGAUACGACAAAAAAAUGCCGAUGCUAAUAUUUCAGCACAAAUUUCAGAAUCUAUUUUGAAUGUAAAAGUGAUAUAUAAUUAUGAGAGCUUGUCAACAAUGUUAUUUCUCAUACUGUUAGAUUUAAGAAAGGUUUCCUUCUAUCUUUAUUAGUAUAUAGUGUUUAAGCAACUAUUACACCUAUAAUUUGCCCUAAUAUAUAUAAUUUAAUGUGGUUUCCAAACAAAAAUAUUUUAACUUUUAAUUUUUUUAUAGCUAUUGGAACAACAUAUUCUGAUACUAAAUUUAGUCUUUGUAGUAGGCAUAGUAAGUUUCUUUUAUUGCUAAUUCUAGUAAAUUAUAGAGACAAAUCUAGAACAAUUCUUUUUUUGCUUGAAUUAGCAACACUAGAAAAUAAUGCCAUGUGAACGAUUACUGAGUUCUUUUCAAAUUUAUGAAUUUCCUUUAGAUAACUUUUUAAUUUGGGAAACGGGUAAUUGUUUAAUGUAAAGUUAAUCACUGGGUACUCAAGUUAAUUUUCCAAAUUAAGCAUGUUGAAUUGCACAUUACCAGUAAGUUCCUCUUUAGUAUGAAGUUCAAAAACUACACUUAUGUGUGAUUGACAAUAAAGAAUACAAAUACUCAGAAAUCUGAGGAAGCAUCAUAGUUUAUCAAAUAUUUAAAUUGAUACUAAAUGUUAGGAUAUAACAAUUUUUCUGUCAACUUUAAACUCAAAAUUUGAUCUGUUACUUCAGAAAUAUACAGUAUGAGUGAUCUGAAAAUGGAUUUCCUAUUUUCAAAAUUGUGCUGCAAAGAAUAACCACUACCUUAGGAAAACAUGCUAAAUCUAUGGGAUUAGUAAGACUAAACACUACUUUAUGCAACUUCAGUCCAUGAGCUGUAAUUUCUUUGUAAAGUUUGAAUUAUAUUGUUACUUUUGUUGUGUAGAAAUGUAGGUCCAUGCAUUUCUUUGUAGAAUUAGGAUAUUGCAUGUUGCAAAUACCCUCCUAUCAGCAGCAUAAUUGUUUAAAUGUGCACAAAUAUUUUUGUUCUGUUUAUUUUUGUCCUCCAGUGAGAUAGAAAAUUCCUUACCAAAAUAUAAAAUACACCCAUUUAUUCUUCCAUAUGAAUGCAAUUGCAUCAUAAAUACCACAGAAUGACUUUUUUUGCAAAUCUUAAAAGGUAAUGUGAUUUGCGAAAAGUUCUCUAUAGAAAGCUGUGGAAGAAAACAAAAGUUAGCAGAAUUUGCAGCUUAGUUUUCUGAAAUAUUUAUUAAAUCUUAAUACAAAUAUUGAAACAGCCUUUACUUAAAAAAGUAAAAUUUUAAUUCUGGAGUUUAAGUUAAAUCUAGGAUUAUGCUACUUUGUUCAGUCAACCAUAGCCAUUUGGGCAAGCCAUUUAUAGGAUCCACAAAUGAUGUAAAUGACUUGAACAUUUAACAUUGCACUUUAAAUUGAAAGCUAAUUAUCCAGUGCUCCUAAAUGUAAGCUAUGAUUGUGGUACUUCAAAUUAACAGUUAUAUACAGAAUUCCAUGUAUAUUUAUUUAGCAGAGAAGGGGAAAUUAUUGUGGCAUUCUUCAACUAAAUAGUAAUGAACUACAAAGAAAUAUUUGGAGAUAGAAUUCGAGUCACCUACACAAUAAAUAUAAACACAGUAAGAUCAUAAAAGCAAGUGUCCUUUUAACAUGUUUUUUUUUAAUAUAGAAUAGAUAAUGUGUUUCCAUUUGAAUUGCAUACAUUACAGAACACAGUAUUUUGGUGAGGUUAUAGAAUAAAUGCAACUUAUGCAGCAUUCCUAAUCAUUCUGUUAGGAAUGGGAGAAAAAUUGGAGAACAUAUUUCGACAGACAAAUUUCAUUUUUUUUCUAAAUUUGUUUUAUCUCCAGUUCAUGGCAAAAUAACACUGGCCUCCAAAAUAAUUAAAAUUGGAAAUCCUUUAGUGUAAUUUUACAAAAUAUUUAGCCCAAACUUAUAUUUCUUUCAUGACACCAGAUGCCGAGAAAGUGUAUUUUAGCCAGUAAGCAAUCUAACUUGUCACAAUUGUAGGAAAUAAAAGUCAGCUUGCUCUUCAAACAAAAUAGAAAAAAAUGUACAGAUAAUAUUUUAUAAUGCUGGAAAUAUGGAGCAGAUCAGGCAACAUUUAUGGAGAAGUUUGAGGUUACCUGAACUGUAACAGUCACGCACAUCAGAUCAGUUUAUCUAAGCAGUAAUUUUUCUUGAAUAUGGAAUGAGUACAUUGUGAGACCUGAUCCUUUUUCUCUUCUUAAUUUAUUGUUGCCUAUGGGACACCAACAGACUGUAUCUUAAAAAAAGACAUUUUGUUCAUGUUGAUUCAGUGCAAACACAACUUGUCAAUUAUUAUGAAUAAUGCUACAAUCCAUCAUUGUAGAGAUUUUUCAUAUUUAUUAUCAAAACCCAAAAUCUGCUCAAAAGAAAGCAUUGUCAGAAUUGAAUUGGUGGUAAUAGAAGAGGGGAGGAGAUAAUUUUCCCGGUUGUUGGUGCUAAAUAUUGCUCUCUUGAAAUAGAAAUGUCACGCUGAUUGAACUUUUUGUUUUGGAUGAAUAUUUUCAUCUGAUUAUGGCAACAUAUUACUUGAUUUUAAAAUUGAUUUUCCAGCACACAAUGUUAUUACUUGCUAAUCUUCAAUUAUUUUUAAAAGGCUUGUGUGGAAAUUUAUUUUGGAGCAUGUUUUCUCCUCAGACAUUGAGGCACAAAAUUUAAUGUUUUUAUUAUAACAAUACAGAAGUUAUUGUAUUUUAACACUGGUAUUAUUCUCCAGGUGUGGGUAGGAGAAACAAUCAUGUUUUAUUUUCUUAGGUUCCUCUCUGUAAAUUGUAUUUAAUGAAAUGGGGUAAGUCAAAGAAAAAAUUAGAUGUGGUAAAACCUGGCUAGAGAUAAGUAGCCUUAACCCUUUUACUCCUUUCUGUAUUCUCCAUGAUGCAUCUAAACUUGACAUUUUAUUAAUUGAAACUGAUAUGGUUAGAUAAUAAAUCUACUUCUCAACAAAAUUAGAUUACUCUUGAGGAUAAAAUAUGUAUCUUCUGUGACAUUUGCGAACAUACAGUAUUUUGGGGCAUUUCUUGCAUAUGCAUACUUCUGUCCCAAUGAUAAUUUGAUGUCCCAGUUUUAGUGAUGAAAUGCAUCACCAGAACCAAAACAGAAUUCAUAUGCCUCAGCUGUAAUUUUUCUGCCAUUAACGUUAUUGAAGUGCUAUAGAAAGACUUAAGAUAUAUUCCUCUCUAUUCAUUCCUGCAUUGAUAUGAAGAAAUAAUUUGUUUGGGGAAAGAUCUAUUGACCCACUAAAAUAGCUCUUAGCUGUGCUGCCAUUAAUUGCAACUGGGCUUUUUCUUCCCUUUUCAAUGCUGUAAAAUUUCUGCUGUGUAUUGAUUAUUGUAAAUUAUAAUGACAUGCAAAUAAUAAGCAGGGAAGAAUGGAGCAAGAUCUGAACAUGUAAAUACUGUGGCACAAUUUGAAGUAGCUGGCUUACUUUUUUUUAUCUCUCAGAGUAGUAGUGGCCUGACUAUAUUGAUAUGGUUAUUUCUGUGAAAUUAUGGCAUAUUUGGAGCAGUAAGGAGAAAUGAAGGGAAAGGCUAAUUUUGGAUCUAAUAUAAGAGACUGCUAAAUUGAGGAAAUAGGACAUUCAUUUACACUAACAGGCUGUUCAUAUCACUUAAUCAAUUCAAUUCAUUUUCUUGAGUGAUUUAAAUUGCCAAAGCCAAUACCUUACCAAGUAGUUCAAAUCUAUGCUAAUAAAUUGUUUACUACUGAAACUGACUGGCAGAGUGGUGUGAUAUACAUAAGCAGCCACGGUGAAAGCCCAUUGAAGAUAAUUAUUUUAGUUACUUUUAAUCCUUUGCUUGUCCAGUAUAAUACAGUAGCAUUGCAAAAUAUGAUAUCUCACUGUACCAAUCUGGAGAUCUUGCUUUCAUAAUUCAAGAUCAAGGAAAACGGUUGUGUAAUGUGUAAUAACCUCAAGUUUUCUAAUGUGUCUCCUAAAUUUGUAUUGUGACAGAAAUAUUACUGCAAUAAUCAUAGCUUAAUUACUUGAUGAUGCAGUUUUACCCGGCCCUUAUUUCACUUUUCCCUUCUUGUAAUAUUGAAAACAAAAAGUGCCAUUUCCUAUAUAACUUGCAAUUGUGUAGCUCUUUUGCCAUUUGUUACAAUAUAUAUACACCGAGGUUGUCUGAUAACUGCAGAAAUUACCCACGAGUUAGAGGUUCUACACUGACUUUUGUGGGCUUUUUUUGGAAUUAUUUUUUUAAAGGAUUGAAGAUAACACUCCAGAAGGUAAAAGCGCUAUAAUAGUCAAAAGGUUCAGAGCUGCUUUUCUCCUAUCUUGAAACACACCUGUCUUUUAUGUAAGAGAUCUGUCCUUUUUAUUUUCGGUAAUAAGCUUACUUUUGCAAAUUGAAUUGUUUUGAUGAAUAUUUAUUAAUUAGUAAUUAAUCUGACGAAAAUUAUUGCUGUAUUAACUUUUUCAUUGUUGCUGCUAAAGUCCUUUAGCAUCAGUUUUGUCGUGAACAGUGUAUAAAUUUUUUGUUUUAACUGUGAAUUGGGGUAUUUUUUAAUAUUGAUGGUAUUGAAUGAGGUAUGGAGUGAAUUUGAUGGCUAGUAAUUGAGUAGGAUGUUGGACUCAAAGCCACAUUCAUUUUUGUUACAUGCAAUAAAAUUUGAACUUUAAA